CGAACAUUCUUCUCGUCCUGUUUUCCUUGUUCCUGUGCAAUCCCUCCUCCGUCAGCGCAUUUCUGUUCCCGAGCCUCGUCCCGCUCUGUCGCCACGAGCCCCGCGACAAAAAGAUUGCCGAUAACAAACGAACAACUUGGAACCCCGUCAGCGAGCGAGAAACGACGAUAGAUCAUAGAAAACAACAAACACACAACAAUCUUCGUCAUGGGAUCACGACCAGACACGCCCAAUGGCGCGAAAUCCUCCGAAGUCGUUGCCAAUCUUGGCUUUGCACCGGCCGUGAAGCUGUCGGGGGAAUGGUCCGUCAAGAAGGUGCUGGAGCAGAUCCCCGACCAGACGCCCGUCGAGGGGUCAAGCUCUCCGAUUCCCUUUUUCCACAUGCUUUCGCGGCUCAAGACUACGAAGCGCGAGGGAUGGCGGCGGUUUGGAAUCGAGAGGGGCGAGUCGAUUUCAGAUCACAUGUACCGCAUGUCCCUCAUCACCAUGUUUGCGCCGCCUGCGCUGGCCAAGAAGCUGGAUCUCGCAAAGUGCAUGCGGAUGGCGCUGAUCCACGACAUGGCCGAGCUCCUGGUCGGCGACAUUACACCCGUUGACGGCGUCCCCAAGACGGAGAAGAACCGGCGCGAGGCGGAAACGAUGGACUUUUUGACCAAGAACCUGCUGCGCGGCGUUGCGGGGGGCGAUGUGGGUGCGCAGAUCAGGGCGAUAUGGCAGGAGUACGAGGACUCGGAGACGCUGGACAGCCACUUUGUGCACGACGUGGACAAGAUUGAGCUGAUGCUGCAGAUGGUUGAGUACGAAAAGCAGGGCAAGGGACUGGUGGACCUGGGCGAGUUUGCGUACGUUGCCAGGAAGGUGACUCUGCCGGAGAUGAGGGAGUGGGCAGAGGAGCUGCUGCGGGAGAGGGAUGCCUUUUGGCAGAACAAGGAGCAUGUUCACGGCGAAAAGGGCACCGAGGGGGGUGUUUCUGCGGAGACGAGCCGCGGGCAGGAGGAGUACUACAAUCGGGGGUGA